UAUUGUGAAAGGCUGAAGCGGAAGUCAGUUGGUUGUGGACGCAGCAGCUAGCUAGUUCUGCGAGGUUCGGUUUAGUGCGGUCAGAACCAGAGAACCAUGGCUUACCAGUUGUACCGGAACACCACGCUGGGAAACAGCCUCCAGGAAAGUCUGGACGAGCUCAUUCAGACCCAGCAGAUCACCCCCCAGCUGGCCCUGCAGGUUCUGCUCCAGUUCGACAAAGCCAUCAACGCGGCGCUGGCCAGCCGGGUCCGGAACCGAGUCAACUUCAGGGGCUCGCUGAACACCUACCGGUUCUGUGACAACGUUUGGACCUUUGUUCUGAACGACGUGGAGUUCCGCGAGGUGACGGAGCUGGUGAAGGUGGACAAGGUGAAGAUCGUCGCCUGUGAUGGAAAGAACUCGGGGUCCAACGCCGCAGAGUGACGUUCUCCAGCAGCUGCACUGUACAUAUAACUUAUCCUCUGGCGCUGACUCAGCGUGUGUCUGUGUGUGUUUUCUACUCAGCAGGUGUGUUCAGGUGUGUUCAGGUUGUUCUGUCGUCUUUAUUAAUAAAAGCUGACGCCGAGCUGCA